AUGUCGUCAUACUCAGCUACCGCUGCUACGAGAAGAGGGUCGGUUGUACCGCCAUUAAGCGGUAUAGAAUCCAAUGGUGCACAAAAUCCCAUUCCACAAAAGUGUGACGUUCUUAUUAGUGGAACUGGUUUGGUGGAGUCGAUUUUGGCAGCUGCUCUUGCCUGGCAAGGAUCUUCAGUUAUUCACAUUGAUCCGAACCCAUACUAUGGAGAUUCGAAUUCAUGUUUUAACAUUGAUCAAUUACUUGCCUGGGUUGACCGGGUUAAUAGACCACCCAGCUCUUCAGAAUUGGCUGCAGAGCGAAUCUUUUCUAAUGCUCGUCUGUACAUGCCAAGGCCUCUGGAUUCUAAAAAAUUCCUAGUGGACUUGUCACCUAAGAUCAUGUUUGCCAGAUCAGAUCUGCUCUCACUUCUUAUUAAGAGUCGUGUAUUCCGAUAUCUCGAGUUCAAAGCUCUGGGUAAUUUCCAUACUUAUGAGAAUGACACAUUUGACAAAGUGGCUGGCAGCAAGGAAGAUAUCUUCACUGACCAAUCUCUUUCACUUGUCACCAAACGUAAUCUCAUGAGAUUUAUGAAGUUUGUACUGGAAUGGGAAGAAAACACUGAAUUGUGGAAACCUUAUCAAAACGAAUCAAUUGAGAAAUUUCUCACUGAGAAAUUUAAACUAGAACCUCAACAGAUUACCGAAUUGGUACUUUCCAUUGGUCUUUGUCAAAGUCUUGAAGUAGCAACACCAGUUGCUCUGUCUAGAAUAAAGAGAUACUUGGUGUCGCUUGAUAUUUAUGGUAACUUUCCUGUUUUGUUUUCCAUGUAUGGAGGUGCUGGUGAACUUGCUCAAGGAUUUUGUCGUUCGGCUGCAGUUGCUGGUGCCACUUAUAAACUUGGCACCGCCAUUACUUCUGUUGAUGACAAAUUAGUGACCCUUAAUGAUGGUAGUAGAAUCCAAGUGGCUGAAAAGAUCGUUCUGUCUCCCAGUUCUGCUGUUAAGAAGGAAAAUACUAAGAAUGGUAUUCUCACCCGUCUUGUUGCAUUUGUUGCAAAGGACUGUAAAGAGUGGUUUGCCGAGAAUGAGCAAGCUGCUUUGGUGGUUUUCCCACCAUCAACUUUAUCUACCAACAACAAGACUUCUGUUCAAGCCAUUAUUCUUGGAAGCGGUAGUGGUCAGUGUCCUGAGGGCGUGUCUGUCUGGUACCUUUCAUCUACUGAACAGGAUCCUACCAAAGCUCAAAGAGACCUUGAAGAAGCCUUUACCAAGCUGGAAGCCAGUAUUCUUCGUGAAUCGACUGAAGAUUUCGAGUUUGAGAAUAUCGAUGAGAGUGAUGUGUCUUACCGUCCUGAUGGCAUGCCCGUGCUCUCCUCUGUCAAACUCGGCCAAUCAAUGCAAAACUUUGUUCCCAGAGAGAAGCUUCAGUAUCUGCUUAAACUUUCCUUUGUGGAGAAAGUGGAAUAUAGUGCACAACCAGAUGCGCCAAUUCUACCGGAAGAAACUCCUGAAGCAUCACCAGCCACAGUUUUACGAGCACCAUACGGAUUAUCUGAAAUCUCCUAUGACGGUAUUUUGACACAAGUAAAGAACCUGUACACAAAGAUUGUGGGUUCUGAUGAUGACUUUUUUGAUGUCGAUUUUGAAGAUGAAGAUGAGGCCAGCGCUGGUGCAAACCAAACCAACAGCUCCGCACCCAAUGCUAUCGAUGCUUCUACGGUCAACCAAAUUGAUUCCCGAGAUGACGACAUCGACGAGUUUGGCCAGGAUAUGGAGCUCUAA